AUGGAAUCCACUGAUAGUGGGGGACGCAAUUCUCAGCCCAGCGGACAACGUCGAGUUUGGAAUGCAGAUGAGGAAAAAACAUUGAUUAAUGGUUUACGAGAUCUUGUCACGCGCGGGUGGAAAUGCGACAACGGAUUUCGCAACGGUUACACCACCAUAUUAGAACAACAUAUGCGGCAGCAAUUCCCGGGUACCACCAUAAAAGCAGAACCACACAUAUCAUCAAAGAUUACGGUUUGGAAAAAAAAUUAUGGUAUAGUUUGUGAUAUGCUUGGUAGUACGGGGUUCGGAUGGAAUGACACGGGGAAAAUGGUUACAGUGAGGGAUGACACGGUGUGGGACAACUACAUCAAUGCUCACCCAAAGGCCAAAUCAUUGCGUUAUAAAUCUUGGCCCUUGUAUGCCGAUUGGACUAACUUCGACUCUUUUUCGGCUCAAGCAGGUGAGAGUAGUGCAUCCGGUAAGUCUAAGCGUGAUGGAAAAAGAAAGUAUAAUGUUGAGUCGGAGGAUAAAAUAAUAGGGCUACUUUCAUCUGUUUGCCAAGAGACAAACAACCGUCUUUCGGAACUGUCUACCCGUGUUGGUUACCAAGUAAAUGCAAAACAGCAGUGA